AUGGCCCCCACCGUGAAAGUUAACGACGUCGUUCCCAGCGGCACCUUCACCUACGUUCCGUACACCCUAGAACUCGACGCCCACACCGCGUGCGGCAUUCCCAUCCAGCUUUCCACAAAUGAGUGGAAGGGCAAGAAGGUCGUUAUCUUCUCUGUCCCGGGCGCCUUCACGCCGACGUGUCAUGUUAACCAUCUCCCGCCGUACCUGGAGAAGUACGACCAAUUCAAGGCGAAAGGAGUCGACGUCCUCGCAGUCGUCGCCGCGAACGAUGCUUUUGUUAUGAGUGGUUGGGCACGUUUCCAGGAGCUUAAGGACAAGAUCCUCGCGCUCUCGGACGCCGAUGCGGCGUGGUCCAAGUCGCUGGGCCUUACCGUGGAUCUGUCAUCUCGCGGCCUCGGUGUCCGCACCGCACGCUAUGCGAUCAUCCUCGACGACCUCGUCAUCAAAUACGUCGAGGUUGAACCUGGAACCGAUGUCACCGUGUCCGGCGCAGACGCUGUGCUCGCACAUCUCUAG